GGGUCCGAACGUAUAAAAACGCCAGAGGCGCGCGGCGUGGACAGCAAUUAGUUAAGAGCGCGCCGGACGCGAAACCAUAGAAAUAUACCCACCGCGAUACGCGAAGCUGAAUGAAAACAGACAACAUGGCAUUGGUGAUUAAGUGCAGGCACAGCCACAGUUACAUCUAUUUACUCUGCCCCAUUCUGCUGAUGUUCAUGGCAUGGCAGCUGGGCGCGGGGGAGGUUGGGGCAGAGGCCAAGCAGCUGCCACUGGCUGCUGAUGCCGGAAUUCGUCACGGAUCGUACGACAAUGGCAACGAUGACGUUGCUGCACUGGUCCGAAAGCGCCGCCAGUUAUCCGACUGGCUAAUAGCCCCAAACACACGCUGGUGCGGACGUGGGAAUUUAGCCAAUGGCACCUACAACGACCUGGGCGGCGCAUCGAUGGCUGACAAAUGCUGCCGGAAGCACGACCACUGCCAGCUGUGGAUAGACGGCAUGUCGACUCGCUACGAUCUUUUCAACUACCGCCCCUACACGCUGUCCCACUGCAGCUGCGAUCGCCGCUUUCGCACCUGCCUGAAGAUGGCCGGCGAUGAAGCGGCGAAUGCCAUUGGCAAGCUCUUCUUCAAUGUGGUGCAGACGCAGUGCUUCAGCCUCAGGGUGGAGACGGUGUGUCUGGAGCGUGGUGCCGGCAGCUCGGGGCAGUGCCUGCGCGAAGACCUACGCCAAAAGGCCGUUCUGCGAAACAACAAACGGUUCUAGAAGGUUCUCUCACAGGUGGAACAGACCUGCACUGGACAUACACUGGACAGGGACAACAAAUGAUAGCCAAUAGGGCACUAUCAGGUUUGGUCUGGCAGUGUCCCAAACGUGUCAGCAGCAUAGCUAUGAAAAAGGAGCGCAACCCGAACCACUCCACCAGUGCUACAGCUACAGUGCUGCAAUUAAGUUUGCAACUUAAUGGGAAAAUCAUUGCAAAAUGUUUUUUUUUACUUGUAGUAAAAGGAGGAGAGAGAGAGAGAUACGAUACGAUACCCAUUUAUGUAUUAAGCUUAUGUACGAGUAUGUAUAUGAUUAUAAGUGCGUAGUAGUCGAUACGGACAUAGAUGUAGCUGUAGCUGUAGCUGUAGCCAUUCGUCUAGUUUAGGCCAUCAAAUCAAAUCCAAUAUAUAGGCUGCCAGAAAAACAAAGUUUUUCAAAUAGUUUUGUAGACAAACAACACAAAAAUAUUGUCUAAGUAUGCAUGAACCCUUAAUUAGUUUACUACGAGCUAGUCGUAAUUCAAAUAAAACCAAUUUCCAAAGAAA